AUGCCACCAACUGGCAAAAAGAUCAACAGAAAAAUUGUGCUUACAAGGAAAACAAAGUCACCAAGGGCUGGUCUACAAUUCCCAGUGGGUCGUGUUCACCAGCUUCUCCGAAGAGGGAACUAUGCUGAGAGAAUAGGUGCUGGAGCUCCGGUUUACCUGAUGGCUGUGCUGGAAUAUCUGAUGGCUGAGAUACUGGAACUGUCAGGAAACGCUGCCCAUGAAAACAAGAGAGUCAGGAUUUUACCACGACACAUCCAGCUGGCUGUGAGGAACGAGGAAGCACUGAACAGGCUCUUUGCAGAUGUGACCAUUGCAGGGGGAGGAGUUUUGCCAAACAUUCUUGCCCAGCUUCUUCCCCAGAGAACUCCUAAAGAUCCUUCAACAGAAAAGAUAGCUGUUGCUUCCCAGGAAGAAUCCAGUAAUGACGGACCCAGAGAAAAUGUACGCUUCCUCCUCGUCUCCAGUUCUUCACCAACAUGGAACCCUUGUUAA